UGGCGACGGCCGGCCGCUGCUAAAAUAAUAAUAUUUUAUAAUAAUAGUAUUAUUUAAUAACAAUAGAAUUAUUUAAUAGUUGAAAAAAUGCCUGCCGAUUCAACAAUCUUUGCAGCGGAGGUAAAAGUUGAAGAUCAUUUCCAAAGCCUGCCAGAGAGAUCCAAGCAUGAGGACUUUAUUCGGCGUGCCGUGGAUUUGUUGGUGGAGAGGGUGGUCUUCGGAAGGUCCACCAGGACGUCCAGGGUGGUGGAAUGGGCAGCUCCGGAUGAUAUCAGGAAGUGUAUCGACCUGAAACCCAGGGAGGGUCCGGUUUCGCACGAACAACUUUUGGUGCUAAUGGCUGAUGUAGCGCGGUAUUCAGUGAAUACUGCACAUCCAUACUUUGUCAACCAGCUGUUCUCAUCCGUCGACCCUUACGGGCUCAUCGGGCAAUGGCUGACGGAUGCCCUCAACCCCAGCGUGUACACCUUCGAGGUGGCGCCAGUCUUCACCCUGAUGGAGGAGGAGGUUCUCCGGGAGAUGAGGAGCAUAGUGGGGUAUAGGGAUGGGGAUGGAGACGGGAUCUUCUGUCCCGGUGGCUCCAUAGCCAACGGAUACGCUAUCAGCUGCGCGAGAUAUUUUAUGCAUCCGGAAAUCAAGACCAAAGGCGUGUACGCUGUGCCAAAACUGGUGAUGUUUACAUCCGAACUGGCACACUACUCCACGAGAAAAAUGGCCGGUUUUAUGGGUAUCGGCAGCGAGAAUUGCAUAAAUGUGAAAGCAGAUAAAUGUGGCAAAAUGGACGUUGAAGAUCUAGAACAGAAGAUAAAAGCAGCAGUAGAAGACGGAUGCAAGCCUUUUAUGGUCACCGCGACGUCCGGAACGACAGUUUUUGGGGCAUUCGAUCCUAUUAUACCUAUUGCUGAAGUGUGCAAAAAAUACAAGGUGUGGUUGCACGUGGACGCCGCCUGGGGCGGAGGAGCUUUGAUGUCCAAGAAACAUAAACAUCUUCUGCGAGGAAUUGAAAUGGCCGACUCUGUGACGUGGAAUCCCCACAAGCUGCUAGCCGCGCCGCAGCAGUGCUCCACAUUUUUGACGAAGCACAAGACCAUCCUAAAGGAAUGCCACUCGUCGAACGCGACAUAUCUCUUCCAGAAGGACAAAUUCUACGACACGUCCUACGACACAGGAGACAAGCACAUCCAGUGCGGCAGAAGAGCCGAUGUCCUCAAAUUCUGGUUCAUGUGGAAAGCGAAAGGGCACUCCGGUUUCGAGAAACACAUAGACAAAGUUUUCGACAACGCGAAAUACUUCCUCGAUCACAUAAAGCAGCGGAACGGCUUCAGAAUCGUACUUGAGAAACCAGAAUGUACGAACGUAAUGUUUUGGUACGUUCCCAAAUGUCUGCGAGGCUGUGAGACCGACCCAGACUAUAAUGAAAGGCUGCAUAAGGUCGCGCCGAAGAUAAAAGAGCGAAUGAUAAAGGAGGGAUGCAUGAUGGUCACGUACCAGCCCCAAGGCGAACUCGUCAAUUUUUUCCGCAUUGUCUUUCAAAAUUCCGCUUUGGAUCAUAAAGACAUGAUUUAUUUCGCGGACGAGUUCGAAAGAUUGGGAUCGGAAAUAAUGGUCUAAAGGAUAUUCGGUUAUCCAAAGAUAAAUCGACUCGAAUUUUUCGAGUGAGGGUUUGGUACAGUGCAAACUUCUUAGUUUCUUUGGCAAUUACAAUAUGAGAAACAAGAAAAAACCCCGAAAGAGAUUGGAAAUGUGGCCGUGCUGUAUGCUUGUGAAAGUCAAGGUUUGCGCCAAUAUUAUAUUGUUAUUGUGGCAAAAUAAACUGCGCUCUGUGAUUUAUUUUAUAGAUAAGAUCGUUAAGUUACAUAGAUAAGUAACACGCGAAAUAAUCCUAUUGUAUUUAUUUUUAGUAUAGAUAAUCUUAAAAAUGACGUUAACUCAUAGAUGAUAAGCGUACUAGGAUAAAUUAUGAUUCUAAAAUU